AGGAGGGUCCGCUAUUUAUCGUGGCUUAAUGAUUUUUUUUUCGUACUGUAUUGCAUUGUUCUGUCUCUGAUAGUUAGUUACCCAGUACUUUCCUUAGUCCCAAUAUUUGCUUUUCUGAUUUUAUUCUAGUCAGUGCUUCUUCUUGCGGUUGCUAUUAUGAAGUUUGAGAUGGAUUCAGCUGCUGCGGGUCCGAGCGGUUAUUAUGGUUUCUCGUCCUCUGAGGAAUGGAGCUCAGAGCAGAAUAAGUUGUUUGAGCAUGCGCUUGCGCAGUUUGAGCAGGAGACUCCUGAUCGGUGGGAAAGGGUGGCGGGUUCUGUGCCUGGGAAAACUGCUGAGGAUGUGAGAAAGCAUUAUGAGCUGCUUGUUGAGGACGUGGAUUUUAUUGAGGCGGGAAGGGUUGCUCUGCCGGAUUAUGCAGAGGGUUCGUAUACGCCGGACUGGUUGUCGUCUGAUCAGUCGGCGGCGGAAUUCGCGACCAGUUCUAAGCCGCCGUUUUCUGUGAGAGGGCCCUCGAGUAAGGCCUCGGAGCAGGAGAGGAAGAAGGGCGUUCCAUGGACUGAGGAAGAGCACAGGUUGUUUUUGAUGGGUCUCGAUAAGUAUGGAAAAGGUGAUUGGAGAAGUAUUUCAAGAAACUUUGUCAUCUCAAGGACACCAACUCAAGUAGCAAGCCAUGCCCAAAAGUAUUUUCUGAGGCUCACAUCAGGGAAUAAGGAGAAGAAAAGGUCCAGCAUCCAUGAUAUAACAAGUGUAGGUGAUGGAGAUUUGAAGCAGCCUCCUCUGCAGCAAGCUUCUGCUAUUACAAAUUCUUCAAUGCCUAUUACUGUUAGUCAAUCUCCAGGUUUCAUGUAUCCAUCAUCGAUGGGAGGAGCAGCCUUGGUCAAUUCUCUGGGGCCUCCCACAGGGGGGAACCCUCUAAUGCUACCUCCUAAUCCACACGGUCCCUAUUCUCAAAAAGGUCAUUCACCUAGGCAUAUGAUUCCUGGUUCUACUUUGGGUGUACCACAGAUGGGAUACCCUAUACAACCAACCAUGCAUAACUAAUGUAAAAUAGGGAGGAAAGGGUGGCUAUGUUGAAUAUUCAUGUUAACCGCCAUAUCAUAAAUCCAAGGGAUAUGAAAUGGGAUCCAGCCACCACGUACUCCACUGUGCCAAAAGGUUUCCUGACCAAAAACGGAAUUGUUUCAUGUUGAUAUGACUUUGAAGAGGUGGAGAUGUACAGGCAAUUCAAUUUAUUUUAUUAAUUAUCUGCUGAACUCUUAACAAUUGCUGUAGAUAUGUGCUAGAGAGGUCAUUAGAUUCAUCUCUCCCAUAUUUGUGCACUUUGUGAAUUGGUUAUGUAUGCUAGUGGCAAAGCAUGGAGAUACAGUCAGCUUUUAGAACUAUGAGGCAGUGUAGGUGAACUUUCUUCUGCAUGAGAUAGGCACAGAAGAUGUUUCAUUAAGAGAAAAACUAUUUAAAAGAAUACGAAUGCCCAUUGCUCAUGUUUUCUGAAGCCUAAAAUUUUAUUGAGCAAGGAUAUUCUUGUACAUUAAAGCCAUUUUUUGAAAAAGUACGUGCAGUUUGACAUGAGCCUGAAUGUUUGAACUACAGGUGGCUUGAUCUUAUAGAGGGGGUUAUUUUUGUUCUUCAAGCCAUUUUUUGAACAGAUCAUCAUGCUGAAGAGCCUGAAUAUUGUUUGCUAUACAUGUAUUAUAAUCAUCUGAGAGGAUUAAUUUGUGAUUA